UAGAUUGCUUGGAAACCAUCAUGGACUCACUAGGCACAGCAACGGCACAGUUCGGGUUUGAUCUUUUCAAAAAGCUGGAUAAAACAAAUGAUGGCAACGUCUUCUUUUCUCCUGUGGGCAUCUCAACAGCCAUUGGCAUGAUCCUCAUGGGGACCAGAGGAGCCACUGCCUCUGAGUUACAGAAGGUACUUUACUCUGAAAAAGGCACAGGAAGCUCCAGAAUAAGGUCUGCAGAGAAGGAGAUUGAGAAGACAGAAGUCCAUGAUCAAUUCCAAAAGCUUUUGACUGAAAUAAGAAAAUUCCCUAGUGGUUAUGAACUGAACAUAAGCAACAGGCUGUUUGGAGAGAAAACAUACCUCUUCCUUCAAAAAUACAUAGAUUAUGUUGAAAAAUAUUACCAUGCAUCUCUGGAACCUGUUGAUUUUAUAAAUGCUGCAGAUGAAAGUCGAAAGAAGAUUAAUUCCUGGGUUGAAAGCCAAACAAAUGAAAAAGUCAAGGACCAGUUUCCAGAAGGCUCUUUUAACAGCUCUACCAAGCUGGUGCUCAUUAAUACCGUUUAUUUUAAAGGCCUGUGGGACAGGGGGUUUAAGAAAGAACACACCAAGGAGGAGGACUUCUGGCUGAAUAAGAGCACAAGUAAACCUGUGCAGAUGAUGACCCAGUGUGGCUCUUUCAGCUUCAGACUCUUAGAGGACCUGCAGGCCAAAAUUGUGGGCAUUCCAUAUAAAAACAACGACCUCAGCAUGUUUGUGCUUCUGCCCAAUGACAUAGAUGGUCUGGAGAAGAUAAUCGAUAAACUAUCCCCUGAGAAGUUGCUAGAGUGGACCAGCCCCGGACACCUGGAGCAAAGGAAAGUGGACCUGCGCCUGCCUCGCAUGCAGGUGGAAGAGAGCUAUGAGCUACAGCCCGUGCUGGAAGCUAUGGGCAUGCGCAGUGCCUUCAGAGCGCAUGCAGACUACUCAGGAAUGUCUGCUCACUCCGGGCUGCACGCCCAGAAGUUUCUGCACAGGUCCUUCGUGGUGGUGACUGAGGAAGGUGUUGAGGCCACUGCAGGCACUGGCAUGGGCUUCAUGGUCUCGUCAGCUGCAGGCAGUGAGCUUGUGCACUGCGACCACCCGUUCUUGUUCCUCAUCAGGCACAGACAGUCCGACAGCAUCCUCUUCUUCGGCAGAUAUUCUUCUCCCUGAGAUGAUGAAGCUGGGACUUGGCUCCAACAAGCGGCGCUCGGGGUUGA